AUGGCGUUGAGAAGAACUGCAGCUCUCUCCCAAAGUGUCAAGUUCGCUUACGACAAUGCUGCCGUCAAUUGGCUCCGUAAAUUCUCAUGGAACAACCUUUGGGGUGGUCGCGAAUACGGACUUCAAUUCCACGACACAUACUUCGAGCCAGCUCCCGAAGUAACUGAAGCUUUGCGCCGACUUAACUUGAAGGAGCCUCAUCUUUUUGAUGCUCGUAAGGAACGUCUUGCUCGUGCUCACACUUUAUCCCUUCACGGAGAAAAGUUGCCUAAGAGCGCUUGGACCAAGUGGGAAGAGGAGUCCUGGUACCUCAAGCCAUAUCUUGACGAAAUUGAGUCAGAGAAGAAAGCUCGUGCCGAAACAUCCGGACUCAUCCCUCCAUUCGAGAUGAAGCAGCAUUAA